UGUUUUAUGAUUUGAAACUAGUCAAAUAUUUUUCCAAUUUUUUGCUUUAUUUGAUUUUCUUCAUUACAUUUUUGCGCUACUACAAAGUUAAAUUUCAAAAAGCCCGCUCGUGGCGGCCAUAUUGAAUUUUAGUACCACUCCAAUUUGAUAGAUGGCAGCACAUCGACUCAAAAUUUUACCAUUGAGUUUCCCAUCUAUUCACAUUAGUAAUCUAUGGUUAUGUACAUUUACCGAUUUGUUGCUACGUGGUUGCUACCCACCUCUAAACUCACGCGAUAUAACCAAACCGAACUUCGAUUUUCGUUCAAGGACGACUUACCUCAAACAAAACAAACCAAAAAGGAUUUUAGGUUAGGUUUUCCUCUUUUGCCGUAUUUGGAAUUUGCAGAGAACAAGAAUUUGGCCCUUUGGCGUCUGCAUCUAAUAAUGGUAAAAACCAGAGGCAAAGACGAUCCUGAACCUGUAACAUCCGAAUCAGGACCAACAGAAGAAUUUUCUGUGGAAAAAAUUUUAGAUAAGAGAACGAGAAAUGGCAAAAUCGAAUACCUUCUGAAAUGGAAAGGAUAUAAUGAUCUACUUUUUAGGGAAGAUAACACUUGGGAACCUGAAGAAAAUUUAGAUUGUCCUGAUCUAAUAGCAGCUUAUGAAGCCCAGUUUGAGCUUUCUUCCAAUGCAGAUGAAGCUGAAAAAUCGAAAAGAAAGAACAUAACUGAAGAUAAUCGAGCUCGAGGAUUUGAUAGAGGGUUAGAUCCUGACAAAAUUGUAGGGGCAACAGAUGCUAGUGGUGAAUUAAUGUUCCUUAUGAUGUGGAAAAAUUGUAAACAGGCUGAUUUGGUUCCUGCAAAUCAAGUAAAUGCAAGGUGUCCAGAAAUUGUAAUUAAUUACUAUGAAAACAAAAAGCAAUGGUACAGCAAAAGUUGUGUCAUUGAGUUAGAUUAAGGUAAUAGUA